GGCCCGAAUCGGCGCGCCGCACACUCGGGCGCCACGGCCGGCCGGGAGCGCGGAGAAGGUAUGGCCACCACCAACGGGGCCGUGGAGAACGGGCAGCCCGACGGGAAACCGCCUGCCCUGCCGUGCCCCAUCCGCAACUUGGAGGUCAAGUUCACCAAGAUAUUUAUCAACAACGAAUGGCACGAAUCCAAGAGUGGAAAAAAGUUUGCCACAUACAACCCUUCGACUUUAGAGAAAAUAUGUGAAGUGGAAGAAGGAGAUAAGGCCGACGUGGACAAGGCAGUGGCGGCCGCACAGGCCGCCUUCCAGCGGGGCUCGCCCUGGCGCCGGCUGGAUGCCCUGAGCCGCGGCCGGCUGCUGCACCAGCUGGCGGACCUGGUAGAGAGGGACCGCAUCGUCCUGGCGACCCUGGAGACGAUGGAUACGGGGAAGCCGUUCCUUCAUGCCUUCUUCAUCGACCUGGAGGGCUGUAUUAAAACCCUCAGAUACUUUGCAGGGUGGGCUGACAAAAUACAAGGCAAGACCAUCCCCACAGAUGACAAUGUGGUUUGCUUCACCAGGCAUGAACCCGUAGGCGUGUGUGGGGCCAUCACACCCUGGAACUUCCCCCUGCUGAUGCUGGUUUGGAAGCUGGCACCCGCCCUUUGCUGUGGGAACACUGUGGUCGUGAAGCCGGCGGAGCAGACGCCCCUCACCGCCCUGUAUCUCGGCUCUCUGAUCAAAGAGGUUGGGUUCCCCCCAGGGGUGGUGAACAUCGUGACUGGAUUUGGGCCCACGGUGGGAGCAGCAAUUUCUUCUCACCCUCAGAUCGACAAAAUUGCCUUCACUGGGUCGACGGAGGUUGGAAAACUAGUUAAAGAAGCCGCCUCCCGGAGCAACCUGAAGCGGGUGACGCUGGAACUUGGAGGGAAAAACCCAUGUAUCGUGUGCGCUGACGCUGACCUGGACUUGGCAGUGGAAUGCACCCAUCAGGGAGUGUUCUUCAACCAGGGCCAGUGCUGCACGGCUGCCUCCAGGGUGUUCGUGGAGGAGCAGGUCUACGCUGAGUUCGUCCGGAGGAGCGUGGAGUGCGCUGAGAGACGGCCCAUCGGGGACCCCUUCGACGUCAAAACUGAGCAGGGGCCCCAGAUUGAUCAGAAGCAGUUCAAUAAAAUCCUCGACCUGAUUGAGAGUGGGAAGAAGGAGGGAGCCAAGCUGGAAUGUGGGGGCUCAGCCAUGGAAGACAGGGGGCUCUUCAUCAAACCCACCGUCUUCUCAGAAGUGACAGAUGGCAUGCGGAUUGCCAAAGAGGAGAUUUUUGGACCAGUGCAGCCAAUACUGAAGUUCAAAAAUAUUGAAGAAGUGAUCAAAAGAGCCAAUAGCAUUGAAUAUGGACUCACAGCAGCCGUGUUCACAAAGAAUAUUGACAAAGCACUGAAACUGGCUUCUGCAUUAGAAUCUGGAACGGUCUGGAUCAACUGCUACAAUGCUAUCUACGCACAGGCGCCGUUUGGCGGAUUCAAAAUGUCAGGAAACGGCAGAGAACUAGGCGAGUAUGCUCUCAGCGAGUACACGGAGGUGAAGACUGUCACCAUCAAACUCGACGACAAGGACCACUGAAGUUCAGGCAGAUUCCUUCCUUAAACAUUUGACAGCUGAAUGUGGCAGGGCUACACUUGCCGAAGAAAAACAACUACAUUUCGGACUUUCCCGGGAUGCUUUCUCCUGGAAACUUUAAAUCAACUGGAUUCGAAUGAUUUCGUUUUCCUCUGACACUAUUUUAUUGGUCUAGCUGGGGACGCCCAUAGGUGUGUGCAAGCCUGUGGCCUUUGUCUGGGAAUAGAGCAUUUGGCCAUUUCUAUCUUCCCCUUUUAGACUAGGUCUCAGGGGACAGUGACACUGCUCAGGGUGUUGUUAUUAGGAAGUGGUAUUUGAAGUGUCCAGCAAUGGCUUAAAAAUGCUUUGCUGAAUCUGACCACAGUAAGAAUUUGGAAAAACUACCCCCAUGGUCUGCAAGCCAGGCUAACUUUGGGGUCUGCUCAGUCUUACCUGCCCAUAGAACAAACACUUCCUGUUUCUGGGGUAAGGCUGGACAGUACCAUUUAGUGGGAAAUGGAUUAGCACUAACUUAAAACAAACAAAGAAAAGGGAUCGUGAGGACCCAAUUUGGGGAGCUCUGGGGAAGCUCAUAUAAUGGAAGGUUGCAGAAGGCUGUGGGUGCAUGUGGAUCUUUGAAGACUGAUGGUAGGACUCAGCUGAAAACCAAUACCACCUUUGCAAUAUACCAGAUCAACAGCCCAAAGCACUUACUCUAAACACAUAUCAUUGACUAUCUAUCAAGGCACUUUCGUAGGCAAAACAAUUGUUAGAAUCACCUUUGCUGCUAAGAAUCCAAUGCUCUGACACAACAAAAGCAUAGCAAAUCUUCCAAUAACUGUCUCACACUUUACAAAAAAAUUAGAGCCAUAACUCACUUUUACAGGUUAUGCAUUUCUGCCACAUUCAUUAGUGGUUUUUGAUAAGCCUAUGUACUCUUCCCUUUUUCCAGUUUGGUUAUGCAUUUUAGGUUUAGUAAAAUAUACACAACUGUAAAGACUGGUGUCAUGAUAUGGCCCUGUUUUUUAAAAGUCCUGAUUGGAUAUUAAUUUUUGAUUAGUCAACAAAUAAGGCAUGGAUCCCAUGGAGGAACGGGGUCUCCUACUAAAUCGAAGUGGACUGAGUACUUCACUAGCAGGUUGUGGAGUUGUUCCUGUUGUGUUUUCAAAUCAUGUGCAAUUCCAUCUGUUUUAACUUGGAAAACCGAGCAUGUUUCCAUAUAGCUUUAAAAAAAAAAGAAAAACCAAACUUUAUGUUAUUCAGGUGCUUUUACUCUUACUAACUAGCACUUUUCUAAUUGGAAAAAUGGUACUUAUGUUUGAGAAUUAAGUUGAGGGAGGGAGGCCAAUUAUAAAAUUAAGUUCAAUAUCAGAACCAGUUUGUGUACAAAGAAAACUAUGUACGAAAUAGGGUUUUCCUCCUUGUCAGAAAUAAGCAAUACGUAAUUCACCUUCUCUCCAUCAGUUAGCAUGUAUACUACCGAUGACUUGUUAAAUCAGGAUUUUAUUUCAUACACUGAAUUUUCAGGAUUUUAUCUCAAGUAACUAUAGACACUAACCUUGAUUUUAAUACAUUAGAGGGAUCUUAUUCUUUCUUUGUACAAUAAUGCCUUUAAUAUGAAAUGCUACAUUAUUUAUAAUUGGUAGAGUUAAUGUAUCUUUUUAUAGUUGUAAGUACACAGAGGUGAUAUAUUUUACCUUCUGUAAUAUACUGUAUUUAGAAAUUGAAAUCUAUAUAGUGUUAGAUUUCACUUCUUUAAAGGUUUACCCCUGUGAUAUGGUUUAAAACCUUAUUGGCCUGGGAAUUCUGAUCCUAACUGCAGAUUGAGUUCGCUGAUGGAACAAUUAUCAAAUAAAAUCGGGUUUUUGAGAAA